AUGGGACUCAGCCUUCGGACCUCUAGAAAUAAUAGCCGGCUUGAAUUUGGUUCGAAAUCUCUGCUUCCUAGUCACCUUGGCAAUAUGAAGACACGAACAUUUUUUGGGAUUUCCCUGUCUCUCAUUAUAAUUAACCUCGCUGCUAUAAUGGAGCGAGCUGACGAGAAUCUCCUUCCAUCUGUUUACAAAGAAGUUAGUGAAGCAUUUUCUGCAGGACCAUCCGAUCUUGGUUAUCUGACCUUUUUACUGAGAUUCAGCCAGGGAUUGGCAUCUCCAGUGGCAGGCGUUCUAGCCCUUAGUUAUGAUCGUCCGACGGUCUUAGCAGUUGGCACUUUGUGUUGGGCAUUGUCAACUGCCGGGGUAGGCUUCAGCAGUUAUUUUGCUCAAGUUGCAUUUUGGAGAGUAGUUAAUGGUUUAGGACUGGCUAUUGUUAUUCCUGCCCUUCAGUCUUUUAUAGCUGAUAGUUAUAAGGAUGGUGUGAGAGGAAAAGGUUUUGGGUUUCUGCAUCUUGUUGGUACUAUAGGUGGCAUAGGUGGUGGUGCUAUCGCCACUGUUAUGGCUGGUCAUGAUUAUCUUGGUAUACCAGGAUGGCGGUUUGCUUUUAUUGUGACAGCAACUCUGAGUUGUUUGAUUGCCUUCCUUGUUUAUACAUUUGUUGAAGAUCCAGAAAAAAGAACCACCGGUGAUUAUGAAAAAAUAAAGUCUUCUUCCAGGGAUGAAUUGGCGGACAAGGUCCAUACCAACUCUCUUUCAAUUUGGCUGGAGUCCUGGCAAGCAACGAAAGCAGUUACUCGAGUUCCAACUUUUCAAUAUAUUGUGUUGCAGGGUCUAGUUGGUUCACUGCCUUGGACAGCCUUUGUGUUUUUGACUUUAUGGUUCGAACUGAUUGGUUUUGAUCACAAUAGUUCAGCAGCUUUAGUUGGUAUCUUUGCUGGUGGAUGUGCAUUGGGGGCUUUUACUGGUGGAAUUAUUGCCGAUCGUAUGUCGCUCUUGUACCCUCAUUCUGGGCGUAUCAUGUGUGCACAGUUCUCUGCUUCUAUGGGCAUUCCAUUCUCGUGGUUCCUUCUGAGAGUUGUGACUCAGUCAGUGGACAGUUAUUAUACAUAUGCAGUGACCCUGUUUCUAAUGGGGCUUACAAUAAGCUGGUGUGGUAGUGCUGUGAACGCCCCAAUGUUUGCUGAGGUUGUCCCUGUCAAACAUCGGACCAUGAUUUAUGCAUUUGAUCGUUGUUUCGAAGGAUCAUUCUCUUCUUUUGCAGCUCCUAUUGUUGGAAUUCUCGCAGAGAAUAUAUAUGGCUAUGAUCGAAAAUCCAUUGAUCCAGUUUUAGGGUCUGGGAGAGAAGCUUUAGCCUUGUCAAGAGGACUUUUCUGCAUGAUGGCAGUUCCAUUUGGUUUGUGUUCUUUAUUUUACACGCCUUUAUAUUGGACGUUCAAGCAUGAUCGAGAAAAUGCCAGAGUAGCUUCUGUUAAAGAAACAGAGAUGUUAUGA